CUCAUUUACUCAUCACAAGAAGCACUCAGUUGGGCGUCGCGGGCAAAGCAAAAACAUACUUAGAGAAAAAUCAGUUUUUGUUUUCCUUUCGGAGAAUGUUCGCGACGGCCUUCAAAGGAUCGCUCCAGUCCAGGACCGGGAGUUUGUCCGCGAAUCUCCCGCCGUGCCUCGUGGACGCGGAGGGCGACCCCGACGCGAUGGCGACCCGGGGCCGGCGCGUGGGCGCCAUGGAACCGCCGGCGUUCGUGCUGCCCCCUCGGAACGUACGCUCCACGCUGUGGGGUCGUGCCCUCUUCAGCUGCACGGUGGGCGGGAGUCCUGAGCCCACGGUCACCUGGUGGCACGACGGGGUGGCCCUGACGAGCGGCGGCCGCGUAUGUGCCCAGCGCUCGCGCCCCGGGGCCUACAGCCUGGAGAUCCGAGGCCUCGUGGCCGCCGACGCCGGCCGGUACGAGUGCGAGGCCUCCAACGACGCCGGCAGCUGCCGCCUCGCGGUGCAGCUCACCGUCGAGGAUCCGAGGUCUCCGACGUCUCCGACGUCUCUGACAUCACAGCAACAAGAAGCCAAGGAGCCCAGGCCACUCGAUGCCAAACUUCACCGCAGCGAAGUCCUCCAGACGCUCUGGCAGGAGUCUCCCCCUCGCUUCGCACAGAAGCCGAGCGGCGCGCUUGUGAAGGAGGGCGGCACGGCGCGUUUCUCUUGCCGGCCCACGGGCAGGCCGAGCCCCACGGUCGCGUGGCACAGGAGCGGCGUGGAGCUGACCCCCGGCGGACGGGUCGCGUCGGGAGAGGCGGACGGCGUGCACUGGCUGGCGGUGUCCGACGUCGGCGCCGGUGAUGCCGGCAGCUACGCCUGCGUCCUCGCCAACGCUGCCGGCACAGUGAGCGCCAGCGCCGAGCUGCGCUUCCAAGGUGGUGGUGGCAGUGGAGGUGGCGCCUCUGAAACUUCCCCGCCCCCCGCCGCCCCGUGGCGACCUGAAAGGACAGAGCGCCAACGGAACGGUGACACAGUUUCGCCCGCACCUCUCCGCGCCGAACACGCCACGCGCAGCGCGCGCGGGAAAACGGAGUUCUUGCCGGCGCACCGCUCUGUCGCUAGUGACACGGGCAUGGACGGAGGAACCGGCUCCCCUGCCGUAACUGGAGCUGGCAACAUCGAGCGGAUGGAAGCGUCUUCCCAUGAGCCUCGGCUGGAGGAGCGACGCUAUUCUCAGAGCUCCAGCGUCCACAGUGAGCCCAGCCCGGAGCUCACCGAUAAGGAGGAGGAAGAAGAUGCAGACGGCUCGGAGCACAACAGGGGUGUGACGCCGGAGGAGGGCGAGCGGCCCCACGUGCCAAUGACGAACGGCCACGUGCGGCCGAUGGACUCGGAGGCGCCUGGCGCCGCUCAAGCGCCGGCUCCGGGGAAAGAAUGCGGCGCCCCCAGCCCGCAGCUCAAAGUCCACGAACGGGUCACGCUCGAAGGUUUUGACGCAGAGGGGACGCUGGGCAAGGACGAGGAAGCGUCCCCGCAACAAAAUUGUUCCCUGCAGGAUGAGCGCUUGAGUGAAGCCGCUCCCCAGCGCCCGGAAGCUGAGGAGGAGGAGGCGCGGGACCAGGGUGGGGCGCACGUUGAUCCUAUCGAGGGUUGGGAGGGACUUGCCACUGCCACCCCACGAACCGAUUCGGACGAGAUGGACGACUCUGUCCCCUCCAGCUCCGCUCAGCUCGUUGAGACCUCCGACGCCACGGACACUGCCAGCCUCGGCGGCACCGUCGAGAACGCAGACGCCAGCGUGGCCGCCGCCGCUUACGCCGCUGAUGCCGCUGACGCCGCUGACGCCGCUGACGCCGCUGACAUUGUCUGCGGCGCCCGCUCCAGCGAAGCCGUCGACGCCACCUGCGACGUCGGCACCGCAAACGCGGUCGAGACCGGCGACGAUGCUGCGGGCGUUGGCGACGUUGGCGCCGCUUUCCCCCCGCGCGUCUCCUCGGUGCCGCAGGCCACCGUGGCCAUGGCUGUGGGUGACGGCAGCAGCCGGGAGAGCUCCGAGGAAGAGAAGGAUGCCGCCUUUCCAGACCCCGUGAACGUCGCCACGCCGCCGGUGAACGGGGACGAGGUGGCGGCCCCGGGCGACGGCGAGAGGGGAAGCGCACGGGAGGAGUUCGAGGCGGCGGCGCCUUGCGACGCAGGCCCCCCGGAGCUCCAGGGCCCCCAUCAGGUGACGGUGAGCGCCGGGGACUGCGUCACGGCGACGUUCUCCCUGAGCGGCCACGGCCCCUUCACCGUCCACUGGCUGAGGAGCAAGGCCGCCGUGGAGGAAGGUGCGAGGGUGAGGCUGGCGACGGACGAGGGGAGCGCCGCUCUCUCCAUCGCUCCCGCGCGGCGCGAGGACUCGGGCUGCUACAGCCUCAGCGUCUCCAACGCCCACGGCAGCACCAUCGUGCCCUGCAACAUCACCGUGCUAGAUCGACCGGAGCCUCCGAGGGGCUGCCCCCAGGUGUCCCUGAGGAAAGACGGGUCGCUUGCGCUCUCCUGGUCGGGCCCGGCCGAUGACGGAGGCAGCGCCGUGGAGGUGUACGUCAUCGAGGGCCAGCGGUGCGAUGCCCAAGACGGCGAUGGCGCGUGGACGGAGCUGAGCGGGUCCUGCGCCAGCACCUCCCUGACGCUGGACUCGCUCGAGUUCGGCAGCGGCUGGAGGUUCCGGGUUCGCGCUCGCAACGCACACGGCCUCGGCGACGCGGGAAUGGAGUCGCAACUCAUCACGGUCGGGAAAGCGGAAGGACCAUUGGACGAUAAAGAGGAGAGUGAACCGGAGUACCACGACGUCGUGGUCAGCACCGACAAGAAGGUCACGGACCUAUUCGAGAGAUUGGACAAACUUGGCACGGGCAAGUUUGGGCAGGUGUUCCGCCUACGGGAGAAGAGCAGCGGGCGGGAGUGGGCCGGCAAGUUCUCGCGCGCGCGCCGGCGCGAGGAGCGCGAGAACCUGCGGCGCGAGGUGGACAUCAUGAACAGCCUGCGCCACCCGCGCAUUGUGCAGUGCCUUGCCGCCUUCGAGGCGCCCAAUGAGAUCACCAUCGUGCUCGAGUACGUCUCGGGCGGGGAGCUGUUCGAGCGCGUGAGCGACGACGACUUUGAGCUGACGGAGCGCGAAUGCGUCGAGUACAUGCGGCAGAUCCUGGAUGGCGUGGGCUUCAUUCACCGGCAGCGCAUCGUGCACCUCGACCUCAAGCCCGAGAACAUCAUGUGCGUGAACCGCACAGGCACGUGCAUCAAGAUCAUCGACUUCGGCCUCGCACGCCGCAUCGAGCCGGGGGUUCCCCUGAAGGUCAUGUUUGGAACCCCGGAGUUUGUGGCCCCAGAGGUUAUCGCCUUUGAGCCGGUCACCUUCGUCACGGACAUGUGGAGCAUCGGCGUUAUCUGCUACAUUCUGGUGAGUGGCAUUUCCCCGUUGGCCGGCGACACCGACGUUGAGACAAUGGCGAACGUGACGAGCUGCAACUGGGAUUUUGACGACGAUGGGUUCGCAGACAUAUCGGAAGACUGCAAGGACCUCAUCGGCAAGAUGAUCGAGAAGGAUGUCAAGAAGCGCUGGACCUGCGAGCAGUGCGUGCAGCACCCCUGGGUGCAAUCGAGCCCCGAGCGCUUGGAGCCCAAGCAGCUGAACAAGGAGCGCAUGCGCAGCUACAUAACGCGCAGGAAGUGGCAGAAAACGGUGCACGCGGUGCGAGCGGUCGGGCGGCUGGCGGCCUUGAACGCGGCGCACUUGGGCUCGACUAGCGCCACGGCCACCUCCCCGACCUCUCUGACCUCUCCGGCCUCUCCACAGUAGACAUAGGGUCCAGGUGCCCCCCACGUCCUAGUAGCCCCCCCCUCUCCACGUCCUGGUAGCCCCCCAUACCCUGGUGGCCGUCAAGAGGGCUCCACCUGCCGUGCAUCUGACUCUUGACACCCAUAAAUCACCGCUUGGGUAGUGCGCUGCAAUGGAAGCCACCCUCGGUCAGCGGAAGAGAACUGACCUCGCUGCAUGUUUUUAAAAGUUGUCCUGUCCUGCUGUGGCCAUCCGAUGUCUCACGAUCGACUGUUCAAAUGUCACGAAUACAUCCUCUAUGCUGCUGACUAUGCUGGACACGAGGCGUUAUGACUAUGCACGGGACAGGGAGCAGUUGAUAUUCCUCAGUACAGGAGGGGAAAGUCAUCCUCUGGGCUCCCUUAAUGCUUUAAUAUGCCCCCCCCCCCCUCGCUCCGGUUGCUCCACAUGAGGCCCAUGUUGAGUGGCCAAGGGGGCCCUCAAAAACAUCUAUCAUGGCUGCUUGACCCAACCUCUAAACUAUGCCCACGCAUUUGCUGGACAAUAUCGUGGGUAAUCUUCACAGAGCCACCAUCGGACCCUCGCGGUAGCCCUGAUCUCCCCCUUGCUGCAGCGUGAACGCCCUCCUCGCCCCGGAGUCCGCGAGCCCUGCCCCGAGGGCUUGUGUGGCGUGCGAGCUGUCGCCAUGACUGUGGGAGAUCGAUCGCCCGCUACACUCGCCUUAACUCUUCAUUCGCCGGACACCGGCUCCCAGCUAUGCCAAUUCCGUCGUGCACUAAUUUCUAAACCUCAACGCCAAACAGCUGCUGUGACUUGCCAACAAUGAUGCCAAAUCGCAUGAACACCUGUGUGUGUGCGCGUGUACAUACGGGGCACUGUACACACACGGUUGUGAGGCGGAAUGUUAACUACUUAAGGAGUUGACGUCCUCGCGUGGACAGGUUUUUGGGGAGGCGUGGGGAACAUGUCAGAUGAGGCUCCCCUCCGAGGUCCCCUUGUGGAACCCUGUCUAAGGCCCCCUCAGGUCUGAGACUGGGGUAAACUACCCGCCCCCCCACCAUCUGUGUGCCUGCGGAUUGUAAUUGUCGCACGAAUUAGGUCGGUCAAAAUGUCUCUAUCGACUCGUUCUCAAAAUACACUGCCGCAUGUGUGCAUGAAAACCUACCCACACACACACGCGUGUUGUAGGACCCAGGGCAUGUGUGAUCACAAUUGAUGCCACCACAAUUGAUGCCACCACACGGUUUUCUCAUUGUCUGUGUGCCCACGUUGUCUCACUGAUAUUUUUAAAAAUAUAUUUUUUAAUUAAUCCCCACGCUUGUACGUGCCUCCUGGACAAUAAUAUAUCGAUACAUACCUGUAAUUUGCAUGUACAUUAUAUAGUCUAUCUCUUUUGUUCCCAUAUAUGCUUAUAUUUUGAGAAAUAAAGUUACAUUAUUUA